AACUGUUGCUGCUCAAAAUGCAGUACACAGAAAUAGCAUCUCACCAAUGAAUGGCCAACUUCACAAACCUUAUCUUCCAAAGCAGACAGUGGUCCUGAUACCUCACUAUCCACCCUCUGGGAUUACAGAUUGGCCUGCAGUUAUUUACCCAUGGGCCUUUUACAGCAUGUUCACUACAGGCCAUUGUUCACAGUAACACCACAAUGGACGCCUCACAAAGCAACCAAACAGCCAGUCCGCUGUGUGCGAACAGGUCAUUUUAUGGGCCUGGAGUGAUAUGAAGGAAACUGACGUCAGCAUGCUUUAAAUGUGCAGAGCUUUAAGGCUGCCUGCACCAGUUCACAGGUAGUGGCAAAGAUGGUUAAAGGUGUCCUUGCAGAGGUGGUUCUGCUAGCGAUUUUACACAUAGCCGCAACGCGUGGUCAAGACCCCACAGAGGCGCUGGGCUGUCCAGAGCACCAGGAGCCUUUUGACGGCUCCUGCUAUGAGUUUGUGGCGCAGCAGCGCACCUUCCAGAACGCCCAGCGCUGGUGCGAACGAGGCGGAGGGCACCUGGCGUUUAUUCUGAACGAUGAGACCCAGCAGUUCCUCCAGCGGCACAUCCAGCCCCAGCAGGACUGGUGGAUAGGGCUGGCCCCGGCGUCCAGCAACCUCACCCUGGACUCAGCUGCGGCAGAGGGAACGCUCUCCUGGCUCGAUGGCUCUGAUGUUAGUUACUCUAACUGGGCGAGUGAACCCUCAAUAGGAGCCAGGUGUGGUUACAUCCUCCAGGGCUCUGGCUUUCAAUGGGAGGCCACAGACAACUGCACCCAAGAGAUGCACUUCGCCUGUGAAUUUGAAACUGGGAAAUCUAUGGCUUGUGCAAACUACAAUGCAACACUUCAGUGUGGCUCUGGGCAGGUGAUAGAGGUGGACGACAGCUUCUUUGGGAGGAAGACGAUACACUACUGCCAGGGGUUCACCUCUUCCUCGAUCACGUCCUCACAAGAGGAGUGCAGCUGGGUGGAUGUAGUACAUUUAGUAGAAGGGCAGUGUCACGGACUGCAGGCCUGCCAAGCUCUGGCAGAUGCAUCAUCCUUUGGAGAACCAUGCCCUGGUCUUGGAAGCUACUUGUCUGUGGAAUAUCAUUGUAAAGAUGGUCUUCACCUGCUCAUGGGCAAGUUGGCUGCUGUGUUUGACAACGUCACAAUCCAGGUGAAGUGGCUUUUGCACCCGUUCCAGGGUAACCUGACAUGCACACUCAUUGCAGGGGAUGGCCACAUCAUUGACCCCUACAUUCCUGAUGAGUCACAGGCCAGUGUGGUGCAUCAGUACAGCUAUCCAGGGGUCUUCACUGUCGGGGUGGAGUGCACCACCAGUGAGUGGCACGUCACUGCACAGAAGACCAUCACCAUCCAGGAGCCACUUGGGGAAUAUGGAGUGGUCAAGUGCUACAGCAUGGGCCAGCCAAUGAACAGCACAAACUGCAAAGCCUUUGCUAACAACCCUCUUACAAUCCAGGUCAAACUGGACGCAGGAAGCAAUGUCACCUACAAAGUUCAGAGAGAUGGCACAUUGUUGGCCUCGUCGUCCGCUGCUGUGGGCAUAGUCCCUCACAACAUCACCCUGGGUCCAGAGGAGGUGCAGAGCCUGAUUCCAGGCUGUCAUCGGCUGACUCUGCUGGCCUCUAACAACGUCACGGCUGCUGACCCCUCCACAGCGCUGGAGGUGUGUGUAUUGGAUCCGGUGCAGGGGCUGCAGGCGUCCGUGUCCACCCAGGCCAGGCCGUGCCCCGAGGCGUAUCUCCACAUCACCGUCUCUCUGGACUACGGGGCCCCCGCGCAGCUGCUCUUCCAGAUAUCCGACAGUGACAACAACACUGUCCAGGAGACGAGAGAAGUGGACAGUGGCAGUCUUCAGGUUUUCAACAUCUCAACAACCGUCCAAGGAAUGGUACAAGUGAAGGUCAAAGCAUGGAAUACAUUCUCAGCCACAGAGCAGGAUGCAGGAAAUACAACAGUGCUUUGCCUCCCUGAGAUAGAACUACUGUCAAAUGAUGCUCAAAAUUCAACAGAGGAGCAUCUGAGAAUUCCAAGAGCCAGUGUUAAUAUCCAGAUGGACCCUAAUAAGCCCAACAUUGGUGACCCAAGCGUCGAGCUUGAGAUCAAUGGACAUGGAAAUUCAGAUUUACACUGGGAAUGCAUUGGGAAUUGUAUAUGUUCUGACACCUCUAAUGAGAAGAAAAUUGUGAUUCCUAAGAAAUGCCUACAAAAACCUUUUGAAUAUGUGGUAUACUCUCUGACUGUUACAAAGAAGACAGGAAAUAAAGAAGUGUCGACGGCAACCAAAUGUGUAACCCUUACUCCAAGGAGAGAAAUAACUGUCACAAUACACUGUCAGGACUGUAACUCUAUCAACAUUCUAAAUGACCUCAACCUAAAAGUGGAUUGUCCAGGUUGUCAGACAAUAGUGUGGUUAAUUGAGGACACAUCUCCAGUCCCUGCUGCCCUCAGCUCCUGUUACAGCAAUGGUGAAAAGCGAUUCCGAGAGGUAGCGAACUCAGUCAGCUCAUGGGCAGUCCCAGCAGCGACCCUUCAGAGUGCACAGCAGCUCAUCACAGUCAUUGUUUAUGGCACAAAAGAUACAGGAGGUGGUAACAUAGAGUCCGGUUAUAGUGAAUUUGGCAUUACAUUACCUCAACCCGGUGCCUCAAGUGUGACCACACCCUCAACUGUGACCGCAGCCUCAACUGUGACCACACCCUCAAGUGUGACCAUAGCCUCAAGUGUGACCACAUCAGCCUCUGUUACAUCGUCAGCCUCUCCCGGGACAACUGCAAGUCCACCCAGUGUCCUGUCAUGCUGGACAAACCGCACUGCUGGAGAUGUUCUUUCUCCAUUUACCUUCACUUGCAGUGUAACCCAGUCCUUCUGUAGCCUUGCACCUUGCACCUACUGCCUCAACACUGCCAGUGGCAAUUACCUUUAUUGUGGUAAUAACCCUAGCGAGAGGUCACUCUUUCUGUCACUAGGAGACAGGAGUAAUGACUACACCCUAACUGUGGUUGUAACUUUGCAGAACUCAGCUAGACAAACCUUAAACACCACAAUUCUCGUCAAGGUGAGGGACUCUGUUUCGGAGUCCUCUGUGCAGGAUCUCCAGAACCUGGUGUCAAAUCAGGUGGCAGAGUUACAGAGCCAAGGCCAGUUUACAGGGGCAGCCUUAGCUCAGAUGUACCAAACCGUGUCCAGUGCAUUGAAUGGAGGCUACAAUGACGAGGACAAGAGUGCAAGAAAAGAGCUCAGAGAGCAGAUGGUCACCAAUAUGUUUGUAGCAAUAGAGAGUGUCCCCAUGGGGAGCCCAGAGGAGGUGCAGGCAGUCGCCAGUGCUGUGGCCGAACUUACUAAGCAGGAUGAUGAGCUGACCACAGACACACAGAUUCAGGCAAGCAGUAUUUUGUCAAAGCUCAGCAAGUCCCUCAACUCACUUCCACUCCCUGAAAGUAAUGUAAAUGAGAAGAUGUUGGAAGCAUCCAAGCCUCUCAUUGAAGCUGCUAGUAACAUCAUUGUGGUCUCAGCAGCGACAGAUAAACAGAAUGAGAUCUCCGAGCACUUACUCAGUGCUGUAGACAACGUCCAGAGUGCCCUUCUGGUUGGGAAAAAGACCAGCCAUGGGCCCACAGUCAUAACCACUCCUCAGAUUAGUUUAUAUGUCAACAGAAUGUCUCCAAAGAACCUUGUGAAGCAGCCAUUCACCAUUCAGAACUCUAGCUCCAGCUCUGCCAGCUUUGCUUUCCCACCUUUAGGUCUCUCUGUUGUGUCAUCAACGCCCGUGGAUGUCCGGAUGAUGACCUUUGAGACAAACCCAUUUGGCUGGAAUACAGCGCAGUCCAUCAAUGGCACAGUGGGGGCUCUGUCUCUCACCCAACAGAAUGGCUCCCUUAUCCCUGUUGCUAACCUGACAAACGAGAUUGAGAUUUUCUUGCCGAGGCAAUUGGUUGCUGAAGUGAACAGCACCUUUCUGGACCUUGGAAACUUCAGCACCAUCGUGAUCAAUGUGACGUCCCCUAACGUGUCCCUGGUGCUCAAGCUGGACCCCUCAGAAGACGUCUCCUUACAUUUGCUAAUAGGGUUCCAGGAGCACCCCAACGACACACACUACGAGGCACAAACCUACCUGCCGCAUGACAGAGACACACAAGAGGAGAGAUACACAUGGGUGUUGAGCCCCAGGGAUAUGACCAUAGAUGAAGGCGUAUACUACCUUCUGGUGAGGCCUGUGGUUGGGGCAGGAGUCAACUCUACAAAAGUCACAGUCUCCAUCACGUCCAUUGCUGCUCAGUGUGUGUACUGGGAUGAACUAAAGCUAAACUGGAGUGACUAUGGAUGCAGGGUUGGCCCCCUGACUACACCCCUGGUCACGCAGUGCUUGUGCAACCACCUGACGUUCUUUGGGAGCUCCUUCUUCGUCAUGCCCAACGUGGUGGAUGUGAGCCAGACAGCUCAACUUUUCAGCACUUUUGUGAACAAUCCGGUGGUGGUGUGCUUUGUUGGUGCUAUUUUCCUGGCCUACCUCAUGGUGGUAAUAUGGGCACGACGGAAGGACAUUCAGGACACAGCAAAGGUUAAGAUUACUGUGCUAGGUGACAACGACCCCCUGGCAGAGUACAGAUACCUGCUCAACAUCAGCACUGGGCACCGACGCGGAGCUUCUACAUCCUCACAGGUGACAGUGACUUUGCUGGGCACUGAGGGCGAGAGUGAACCACACCAUCUGACUGACCCAGACAAGCCAGUGUUUGAGAGAGGCGGGGUAGACAUGUUUUUACUGACCACGCCGUUCUCGUUGGGCGAACUGCAGAGUAUCAGGCUCUGGCAUGACAACUCAGGGAAUCACCCUGGCUGGUACAUUAACAAAGUGAUGGUGCAGGACAUUGAGACGGGGCAGAAAUGGCACUUCCUCUGCAGCUCGUGGCUCGCCAUAGACAUGGGGGAGUGUGUCCUGGAUAAAGUGUUUCCUGUAGCCAGAGAAAUGGACUUAAAGAAAUUUAGCAAUCUGUUCUACAUGAAGACAGUGAAAGAUUUCCGUGAUGGCCACAUCUGGUUCUCUGUGGUCAGCCGCCCCGCAAACAGCAACUUCACAUGUGUGCAGCGCGUCUCCUGCUGUUUCUCUCUGCUACUAUGCACCAUGCUGACCAGCAUCAUGUUCUAUGGUGUGCCCACAGAUCCUGCUGAGCAGACCAUGGACUUGGGUCACAUUGAGUUCACUUGGCAGCAAGUGAUGAUUGGCGUCCAGAGCUCCAUCAUCAUGUUUCCCAUCAACCUCCUCAUUGUCAGCAUCUUCAGAAACACACGCCCGCGGGAGAGGAAGUCCAAGAAGCCUGUAAAGGACAAGAGUAAAGCGGACACCUGCAAACAGGCCAAGAGUGGCCGUGUGUCACCAACCCAGCCGCCCUCCCCUGAGAGCCAGCACAGGGACAUAACACCAGAAGCCGUAACCAAGGACAUAAGAAGAAUAGCACAGUCACUCUCCAAGGUGAUGAAGAACCCUCUUCCCAGGAUAGAUGUGACAUCUGGCAAAAACCCUGACAUCAACACGCUUCUUUCACUCGUGGAAGACAUCAUCCGGCAGCAAAACCGUGCAGGGGACAUGUUUUACACAGACAGCUCCAAGUUCACGGUCACUUUGGAAGAGAACCCUUCCUCUGAGAGCCCAAAGAAAACAUCCAGUGACGGCCAGAAAGGCAGCCUUCACAGCCAGUACCUCUACCGGCAGCUUCAGCACGUGGAGAAAGAUCUGGGCCUGCUGGGGCCCGAGCGCUUCUCCAACCCCGACAGCUACAGCCAGGCCGUGCAGCAGGUCCGGGGCAUGAAAGGCCUCCUGGAGCCCCACCUGUCCUCCACCUCCAACGGAGACCACCCCAGCCGCAGCCCCAGCCCCGAGGACAGCGCCGAGGGAGGGGACAGUAGUGGUGGCAAGAGAUGCUGUCAGGGAGGCCUGCCCUGGUGGUUCGUGUUCCUGGGCUGGCUUCUGGUGGCGGCGACGAGCGGGGUGUCGGCGUUCUUCACGAUGCUGUACGGGUUGAAAUACGGGAAAGAGCGCUCUGUCAACUGGCUCAUCUCCAUGCUGGUGUCCUUCUUUGAAAGCCUUUUUAUCACUCAGCCUUUGAAAGUGCUUGGGUUUGCGGUUUUCUUUGCCCUAGUGCUGAAGAAAGUUGACCAGGAGGAAUAUGGUGAUGUUCCUAUUGAGGAAUCAGUGUCGAAUACAGGUGAUCCUGAUGCCGUACGUAUUGCACGGAGAGACAGCACAUGCAGUUUCUACCAGCCGCCACCACCCUCAGACAUUGAGAGGAUGAGAAUGAAUAUGAUCAAGGAACAGAAAGUGUUUGCCCUCAUCAGAGAGAUUCUCAUAUACAUGGGGUUUAUGUGGAUGUUACUCUUGGUUGCCUAUAGUCAGAGGGAUCCAAACGCGUUCUAUCUGACCCGGCACAUUCAGCAAAGCUUCAGCAGUGGGAUCACAGACUCGAUGAGCCACAAGGAGGUGUUUACGUGGGCCAACACGUCGCUUCUGAACAACAUUUUUGGACAAUAUCCAGGCUUCAUAACAGAUGGGAAUUCCAAACUUAUUGGCAACGCCCGCCUUCGCCAGGUGAGGGUGCAGAAAGACUCUUGUCGCAUUGCCCGCUCCAUGGAACUGUCGGUCACAGACUGCCAUGCGCCGUACUCUUGGGAGAUAGAGGACAGGGGCUCCUAUGGACCAGGCUGGAAUCGCACCAGGGAUACAAACACCUCCCAGGCUGCUGCCUCCGGCCCCUGGCAAUACCUGAGCCAGUCCCGACUCAGAGCUCAUCCCAUAUGGGGCAACGUGGCCCUGUACAGAGGAGGAGGCUUUGUGGUGGAGCUGGGCCCUGACCUGACCAAUGCUACAAGUGCGCUUCAGUACUUGUUUGACAACAGAUGGCUGGAUGUUUACACUCGUGCUAUCUUUGCGGAGUUCACUGUGUACAAUGCCAACAUCAACCUCUUCUGCAUUGCUACACUAAUGCUAGAAACAACAGCUGUGGGUGCAUUCCAGUACCGUAGUGAGAUACAGACUGUCCGUCUCUAUCAGUCUACGGGUGGUUUACACAUUUUUGUCAUGGCCUCUGAGGUCAUCUACUUUCUUUUCAUUCUCUACUACAUGUAUGUCCAGGGCAAACUAAUGAGGCAGCAGAAGUGGGCUUACUUUAAGACUAAGUGGAACCUUCUUGAGCUGGCCAUCAUCAUCCUCAGCUGGAGUGCACUGAGUGUGUUUAUCAAAAGAACAUUGCUGGGAAACAGGGACCUGGAAUUAUAUCAAAACAACAAGGACCAGUACAUCAGUUUCCAUGAGACUGCCACAGCGGAUGCGGUGCUGGGCUACCUGAUCGCCUUCCUGGUUCUCUUGUCCACCAUUAAGCUGUGGCACCUCCUGCGGCUCAACCCCAAACUGCACCUUAUCACCUCCACCCUGCAAAGGGCCUGGACAGACAUCUCAGGCUUCCUGCUGGUCAUGACCAUCAUGUUUCUGGCCUACUCUAUUGCUUGCAACCUAAUGUAUGGCUGGAAGCUGUCUUCAUACAGGACUCUCAUUAAUGCAGCACAGACUAUGGUCAGCCUACAGCUUGGUAUCUUCAAUUAUGAAGAGGUGUUAGAUUAUAACCCAGUUCUUGGUGCAUUCCUAAUUGGCUCUUGCAUCAUCUUCAUGACCUUUGUGGUGUUGAAUCUCUUUAUUUCCGUGAUCCUGGUGGCAUUUAGUGAAGAGCAACUUCACCAUAAGCCAUCUGAAGAGGAGGAGAUAGUGGACCUGAUGCUGAUGAAAUUCUGCAGUCUGUUUGGGAUCAAAAUUCAGAAGAAAGGAGAAGCGAGUGGCUCCUUCUCUGCCACUAACAAUCCAGCACCAUCUGUCAUAUCGUAAAACUAUUGGUUGUCCAUUGUUAUUUAAGUAUGAGUAGAAUGUCUGUGUUUUGAGUAAUGGUGUAUAACAUGAAGCAAAAUCCAGUUGCUGCUUUUGGUUCUUGUUGAAGUAUGUUGCUAACUCGAAACCUAAAUAUCCUAAGAUUCCAAGAUUUGGAGAAAGUAGUUGCAAUGUGUUAAGGAACAUUCUGUGGCUUCCAUAUGUGAAUUAUUUUAAACUGUGUAAACAUUGUAAACUGUCCACAUUAUCAUUACAAGAUCAUAGUGAAAUUAUAGUGAAACUUCCUAGCUAUACUAAUUAGCACUUGACUGGAACAUUGCACACUUUUUGUGGUGUGGAAUAAAUACAUUAGGAUAAAAAAAAUGAUGUGGCAUAUUUUGAUGUAAUGUUCCAAGUUCAAACAUUAUUCUGGUGCAGAAUUCCACUGGAUAUUUCAUUUGUGUAAAUCUUUAUAAUGCACAAUGAACACACCUGUUGUAUCUUUCUUGUUUAUGUUUCUAAAUAAAGAGACACUGUAGAGCAUUUAAGGGGUUUCAAAAAGAUAUUAAUGAUGUACUGCC